UUUGCUUAAGCAAUGUUUCAAAGGAAACCACCCUAGCAAAUUGUUCUUUCCCACUCUCACUAUGCCCACCUAAAACUAUUUCUUUCUACUUUUCUUCUCUCCAAUCACGUGUCCACGAGUGUUCCACGUUGUUUCUUAAGGAAACUGCACCCCAGUCCGUUAAGUCUCCUAUUUACUACUUCUAUAAUUGUCACAACCACCCCCAACAUGCCCCCGCUGUGUGAUUUAUAACAAGUAACGUAUAAUAUUAUUCUGUCCACAACCAACCUCACAAGUUGCAUUUAUUUGUUACUAAAUGAAUGCUUUUCACUGAUUUGUUUACCCGUAAAACAUCAUGGUCAUUCUUGUGUUCACACUUCACACAAUCCAGUUUUUUUUUUUGAAGUGAUAGAAUGGUGACACCCCACUACUAGACAAGGGGUCAAUAACAUGUUGGGAUUGUAAGCAGAGACUCACCCAGAACAUCGCUGCAAAGACCUAAGCAAUUUACAAUCCAGGUUGUUUUUGCCUUUGGUAUAUCAUGAAUCACCAUAUAUGUAUGUAGCUGAAGUACCAUAGUUCUCUUGAAAAGUUACAACAUGAAGAACCAUAUUAUGCCUUUUAUGAGAAUUAUUUUCCUUUGUUAUCACAUACUUGUCUAUCUUUCUGGAAUUUCCUUGGCACUUGACUCAAUUUCUCAAGACCUGUCCCUAAGUGAUGAUGGUAAAAACACCACCUUGGUUUCUAAAGAUGGAACCUUUGAACUUGGAUUUUUCACCCCAGGGAACUCCCAGAAACGUUACCUGGGAAUUUGGUACAGGAAAAUCCCUAUUCAAACUGUGGUUUGGGUUGCAAACAGGCUCAAUCCAAUCAAUGAUUCAUCUGGCAUCUUGAGAAUGAACCCAAGCACUGGGACCCUUGUCCUCACACAUAAUGGCACUGUUAUUUGGUCUACAGCAUCUAUAAGAAGACCAGAGAGUCCAGUGGCACUUCUCUUAAAUUCUGGCAAUCUUGUGAUAAGAGAUGAGAAAGAUGCAAACAGCGAGGACUAUUUGUGGGAGAGCUUUAACUACCCUACUGAUACUUUCUUACCUGAGAUGAAGUUUGGUUGGGACUUGAGAACUGGUCUUAAUAGGAAGCUAAUAGCUUGGAAGAGUCCUGAUGAUCCAUCUCCUAGUGACUUCUCUUUUGGUAUGGUGCUCAAUAACUACCCUGAAGCAUACAUGAUGAAGGGUGAUCAAAAGUUCUACCGAAGUGGACCAUGGAAUGGCUUGCAUUCAAGUGGUUCACCACAAGUUAAGGCCAACCCCAUUUAUGACUUCAAGUUUGUUUCCAACAAGGAUGAACUUUACUACACAUACAGCCUUAAGAACUCGUCUAUGAUCUCAAGGUUGGUGCUAAAUGCAACAAGCUACGUUCGUAAGCGGUAUGUGUGGAUUGAAUCAAAGCAAAGAUGGGAGGUGUACACUUCAGUGCCACUGGACUUAUGUGACAGCUAUUCCCUUUGUGGAGCUAAUGCAAAUUGUGUAAUUUCAGAUUCACCAGUGUGCCAAUGUUUGCAAGGGUUCAAGCCUAAGUUACCUGAAGCAUGGAGCUCAAUGGAUUGGUCUCAUGGAUGCAUCCGCAAUAAGGAAUUAAGCUGUGAGAACAAGAACAAGGAUGGAUUUAACAAAUUGACUUUGCUGAAAACGCCUGACACUACACAUAGUUGGCUGGAUCAGACCAUUGGGUUAGAGGAAUGCAAAGCCAAGUGCUUGGAUAACUGUUCUUGUAUGGCUUACGCGAAUUCUGAUAUCAGUGGACAAGGAAGUGGCUGUGCUAUGUGGUUUGGUGAUCUAAUUGAUAUUAGACAGUUCGCAGCUGGAGGCCAGGAUGUAUAUGUUCGAAUUGAUGCUUCAGAAUUAGAACACGCCAAUGAGGGCCACAAGAAGGGUGGAGUCCUAGUGGCAGUAACAGUUACUUUGGCCUUGGCUGCAGUUGCUGGAAUACUAAUAAUACUUGGUUGGUGUUAUAGAAAGAAAUCACGUUGCAGUGUCAAAGAGAGAUCAGACUUCAGUAUCAAAUCAAAUCAAAACAGUGGAAUGCAAGUGGAUGAUAUGGACCUACCAGUUUUUGACUUGUCAACAAUAGCUAAGGCCACUAGCAACUUCACAGUCAAGAACAAAAUUGGAGAAGGUGGUUUUGGACCUGUAUACAGGGGAAGUCUAACAGAUGGGCAAGAAAUUGCUGUGAAGAGGCUUUCAGCAAGCUCAGGACAAGGAUUGACCGAAUUCAAGAACGAAGUAAAAUUGAUUGCAAAACUUCAACACCGCAAUCUUGUAAAGCUUCUUGGAUGUUGCCUUGAAGGAGAGGAAAAAAUGUUGGUUUAUGAGUACAUGCUUAAUGGUAGCUUGGACUCAUUUAUUUUUGAUGAGCAAAGAAGUGGAUCACUGGACUGGUCAAAGCGCUUCAACAUUAUAUGUGGAAUUGCCAAGGGCCUUCUCUAUCUUCAUCAGGAUUCUAGACUAAGGAUUAUCCACAGAGAUCUCAAAGCAAGUAAUGUUUUACUUGACAGUGAGUUGAACCCCAAAAUUUCUGAUUUUGGCAUGGCUAGAAUUUUUGGUGUAGAUCAGCAAGAAGGAAACACAAAGAGAAUAGUUGGGACAUACGGUUACAUGGCACCAGAAUAUGCAACUGAUGGGCUAUUUUCAGUGAAAUCUGAUGUUUUCAGCUUUGGAGUUUUACUGCUGGAGAUUAUAUCAGGAAAAAGAAGUAGAGGAUAUUACAAUCAGAACCACAGCCAGAAUCUCAUUGGCCAUGCAUGGAAACUAUGGAAAGAAGGAAGACCACUAGAACUGAUAGAUAAAAGCAUAGAAGACUCGAGUUCUCUAUCGCAAAUGUUGCAUUGCAUUCAUGUUAGUCUCUUGUGUGUUCAACAGAAUCCAGAGGAUAGGCCUGGAAUGUCUAGUGUGCUCCUAAUGUUAGUGAGUGAGCUUGAAUUGCCUGAGCCAAAACAGCCAGGAUUCUUUGGAAAAUAUUCAGGUGAAGCAGACUCCUCCACAAGUAAGCAGCAACUAAGUUCCACAAAUGAAAUAACCAUUACCUUAUUAGAAGCGCGUUGAUACAUUCUUUGCUAGUCACAUUCAUCAUCUACUUUGUAUAGACGCAUUAUAUUGUGUUAGACUCAAGGUCAAGGACUAUAUUCUCUCACUCUUUCUUCCUUCUGUGUGAAGUUGUGAUUAAGCAUACUGAUGUUGAAACAGAACACUCAAAACAUGGUAGCGCGUGAAGAACUGCAAAUAUUAUAUCACAAAAAAAAGAAUAAAUUGGCCUCAAAAGUAACCAAUAAAUCAAAUUUGUGGUUUC